AUGCCUUCUGACGUCAUUGUCCAGGAGAACGCCUCUGACGUCAUCAUCGAGGAGGCCUCUGAUGUCAGUAUCGAGACGACACCACCGAGGAGAAGGCAUUUGAAGUCACAGUCAAGGAAGAAGCCUCUGACAUCAUUGUCGAGGAGGAAGCCUCUGACAUCAUUGUCGAGGAGGAAGCCUCUGACAUCAUUGUCGAGGAAGAAGCCUCUGACAUCAUUGUCGAGGAGGAAGCCUCUGACAUCAUUGUCGAGGAGGAAGCCUCUGACAUCAUUGUCGAGGAGGAAGCCUCUGACAUCAUUCCCGAGGAGGAAGCCUCUGACAUCAUUGUCGAGGAGGAAGCCUCUGACAUCAUUGUCCGAGGAGGAAGCCUCUGACAUCAUUCCCGAGGAGGAAGCCUCUGACAUCAUUCCCGAGGAGGAAGCCUCUGACAUCAUUCCCGAGGAAGAAGCCUCUGACAUCAUUGUCGAGGAGGAAGCCUCUGACAUCAUUGCCGAGGAGGAAGCCUCUGACAUCAUUGCCGAGGAGGAAGCCUCUGACAUCAUCGCCGAGGAGGAAGCCUCUGACAUCAUUGCCGAGGAGGAAGCCUCUGACAUCAUUGCCGAGGAGGAAGCCUCUGACAUCAUUGUCGAGGAGGAAGCCUCUGACAUCAUUCCCGAGGAGGAAGCCUCUGACAUCAUUCCCGAGGAGGAAGCCUCUGACAUCAUUGUCGAGGAGGAAGCCUCUGACAUCAUUGUCGAGGAGGAAGCCUCUGACACCAUUGUCGAGGAAGAAGCCUCUGACAUCAUUGUCGAGGAGGAAGCCUCUGACAUCAUUGUCGAGGAAGCCUCUGACACCAUUGUCGAGGAAGAAGCCUCUGACAUCAUUGUCGAGGAGGAAGCCUCUGACAUCAUCGCCGAGGAGGAAGCCUCUGACAUCAUUGUCGAGGAGGAAGCCUCUGACACCAUUGUCGAGGAAGAAGCCUCUGACAUCAUUGUCGAGGAGGAAGCCUCUGACAUCAUUGUCGAGGAGGAAGCCUCUGACAUCAUUGCCGAGGAGGAAGCCUCUAACAUCAUUCCCGAGGAGGAAGCCUCUGACAUCAUUGUCGAGGAAGAAGUGUCUGACAUCAUUGUCGAGGAAGAGAAUUAUGACGUCACAGAGGAGAAACUUUCUGACGUCACUGAUGAGGCCGACACCGCCGAGGAAAAGGCAUCUGACGUCGCUGUCGAUGAGGAGAAAUGUGACGAGGAAGAGAGCGAGAAGGAGAAGCCCUCUGACGUCACUCGCGCGCCCGCCCCUUCCCCGACCCAGCGCCUGCCCACGCCCGGGUACCUGACCGAGUCCGCCCCGCGCCCGCCGAGCCAGACGCAGCCGACGAGCAACUUCUGGAACAACGUGGCGCAGACCCUCGCAUCGAAAAAGAAGAACCCGGUGGUCACGGACUCCCUGACGAGCACAGGCAGCGUCCUCGAUCCCGGCUUCGAAAAGGGCGCUACGACAUUAUUAAAGACGUUAGCACCCACGAGCAAGACUGGUCCAGCAGAGACGGCGACGGAGCUUCAGUCUAAAGCUCGAGAAGCUGGAAACCCCAAGAUGCACAACGCCCUCUCCGGGAUGGAAACCAAACAGACACUACGAAGCCCCGGAUGUGCCAGCGGAGGCAUUAGGCAGGGGGCGGGGGAGGGGGGGGGUGAAGGGCGCCUUCAGAAGAGGUUCCUGUAG